CACUUACAUCAAUCUUCAACCACUCGUUGUCAGCGAUCACCUCUCUUUCGUUUUCACCACCAAUUCAGUAACAAUCAAACAUCACCAAUGGCUCCAACGAAGGCCGAGAAGAAGCCAGCCGAGAAGAAACCCGCAGCAGAGAAGUCCCCUGCAGAGAAGAAACCUAAGGCUGAGAAGAAGAUCUCGAAGGAAGGAGGAAGCGACAAGAAGAAGAAGAAGUCCAAGAAGAGCGUUGAGACCUACAAGAUCUACAUCUUCAAGGUGUUGAAGCAGGUUCAUCCUGAUAUCGGUGUCUCCAGCAAGGCUAUGGGAAUCAUGAACAGUUUCAUCAACGACAUUUUUGAGAAACUCGCUCAGGAAUCCUCCCGUUUGGCUAGGUAUAACAAGAAGCCAACUAUUACAUCUCGGGAGAUUCAAACCGCUGUUAGAUUGGUUCUCCCCGGGGAGUUGGCCAAACACGCCGUCUCCGAGGGUACCAAGGCCGUCACCAAAUUCACCAGUUCUUGAAUUAUCUGCUCUGUUAUUAUUCUCUCUAUAGGGUUUAGCUUGAUUUUUGUUGAAUUAGUUUUUUUUAAUGGAGCAUUGAUGUAUAUAAUGGUUAUAAUCAAUUUAAAUGAUAUUUAAAAUUCUUCA